AUGAGACGAGUUACAUACGCCUUACACACCUUAGCUCCUCAAAUUAUUCAGUGGCCUCAAGGAAGAAAAGCUACUGAAGUAAUGAUAGCAUUUAAACGUGUGAGUGCAUUUCCACGUGUAAUAGGAGCCAUAGAUGGCACUCAUGUGGAAAUACGAUCUCCCCCGAAUGAUGAUCAUCAAGCAUACAUUAGAAAAGGAUACGCAUCAAUUCAUGUGCAGGCUGUGUGUACCCAAAAUUUAUUAUUUACAAACAUGUUUGCUGGGAAUGCUGGCUCUGUGCAUGACGCACAAAUUUUUAGAAUCUCUCCAGUGGCUCGGUACUUUGAGAAUCCAGAAAAAUAUUUCCGUAAUGAUAGUCAUCUUGUUGGUGAUGCUGCAUAUGGUAUACAUACCAAUAUGAUGGUCUCGUUUAAAGACAAUGGUCAUUUGAACCUUAGACAAAAGAAUUUCAACUUUUGUCACUCAUCAGCUCGAAUGGCAAUUGAAAGGGCCUUUGGUGUUUGGAAAGCGCGAUGGAGAAGUAUUUUAGAUUGCCCAUGA